CCCAUUUCAGUUCAAAGUUCAAACCAUUACUCUCCUCUCCUCUCCUGCUUGCUUUUCCCUCCUGCUCGACAAUAAACCCUGCACUGCCAUUCCCUCUCCAUUUUCAAUUUCUAGUUCAGCACCAACAACUGGUUUUUCAUUAUUGGCCUUGGAAAAGCAUGGAAGCACCAGCACCGGAAAACACUGCGGAAGAGAAGCUCAAAAUUUCUUCCAUCUCUCCACACAAGGAAGGAAUUGUUCAAAUCCAUGACUUGGAAGAGGAUUUUUCGUCUCCAACACCAGUGAAAACCAAAGAACCAUCACGUAUUAAGGGCAACGAAGAGCGGGCUGAACUUCCGGACAAGUAUGGUACCUUACUGGAGAUUUUUAAUCGCAUGACUAGUUCGUUGAGGUUGUUGAGUCUACGUAAAAGGACACCAAGUUUUCAGAACAUUAGCAGUCAAGUUGAAAUCCUGACAGGAAGAAAAUUCCUAUACAUACAUAUUGGACAAAUAAAAUAUAUACUUCCUGAAGCAGUUCAGAUUGAUAAGAUUCUCAUACAUGAUGAGAAAACCAAGUGCAUGAAGUCAGACAUGAAGAUUACGUUGCUUUUUGAUGUUGUAAAAGAUCAUCAUGAAGAAUCUCCGUAUGUGGCUCUGAGCAAUCUUUUCACUUCCAGACUAAGAGAGUUUUACAUGAGACAUCCUGAGGGCUGUGAUAUCCCUGAAGCUGCACUACCAGAGCCAUUCAGCUCAAGAAAAAUCGCCAUAAAUGGAGACUCAGUCUCUGCAAACUUAUCAGUUUUGUCUGAGACGGAGACAUUAAAUUCAUCCCAUCUGCCUCCUUCUUUUAAAACACACUUUCAUCAGAAGGCUGCUGCGACAGAGAUGGAGAGGACAGAUGUCAUUUCUCCUGUCAAAUCUGCAUGUGAGGUUAAUGGAGAGAUGGAUGGAGAGAUUGAAGAACUAAGGUCACUUCCUGGUUCUUCUUCUGUAGCCAGUGGGAGUGAGAGCACUCCUCUGAAGCCUCUUGUGGGAAGUGAUAGUGUAAUUGUUGAAACACCAGUACAAUCUACCCCAAUGAGGUCAAUUUCGCCAACUAGAUCAGUGCUAACCUGUGAAGACGAGACCAAGAAGACGGCAAGCCAAACCAGCAAGCAAUCCACUUCAGCUGCUAAGAAAUCAUUAGAUUUCUAUGGCAUGGACGGUGAAGACACUAUCUUCUCACAGAAGCAAAUAUCUGUUUGCUUGACUGACCUCGUUCUCUUGAUUCACCAAAUAUUUCAAUCUGUCAACUUUUGUUCAAUUACAAAGGGAGAACUUGUUCAGAAGAUUAUUAUGAAUAAUUUUGACAUUGACGACCACAAUGAGGUUGAAAUUCAAAUGGAGCACCUCGAGAGGCUGGUUCCAGAUUGGUUUUGUAAGAGAUUGGCACCAAGUGGUGACCUUCUGUACAAUGUUAAGAAAGUAUCAGAUGUGAACUCCAUCUGUGAAAGAAUUGAUGUCAUAUGAUCAGAGGGAACAUUGACUUGACUUCGAGUACAUUUCAAGUUAGGUAUUGAAGGGGCCAUUAAUUUUUUACCUCUCUUUUCAGGUGUUAGAAAUGUCCAAAUUUAAAGGCGGCAACAAUUAUUCUGAUCUAUUGUUAAAAUUGCUUAUCCUGGGGCUCCCCUGAGGAUGUACAUGAUUUCCAUGAGUACGUAAUUACUGUUGGGCCUUUUGCUUGC